AGUGCUUCCCUUGAUGCGCGAACGUUGCGGCCGUCGAUAAAGUAGUUGUGUUUACAUCAGUAGAUUAGUGGUUCACGUUUGACAAAAUUAAAAUUGAACGAAAAUCAAUUAAGGUAUAUGCAUAUGUUUUCAAAAAUUUUAAAUCUCGUAUCAAAAAGCACACCGGAAGUCAAUCGCGCGUCAAAAUGGCGACGUCAGUAGUUCACGCAGCUAUUUCCAUGAUGAGCGCUGUCCUAACCUAAAUUCGUUCGAGGGACACUCGCAUUAUCUCUCUCUGUGUCCUUUUAAGUCUAGCAGACGCUCCUUAGGUCUGUAUAUACAUCUCUACUGCGCAUCUAUUCGAUAAACACCGCUAGUGACUAAUUGUUCCCAUUGACAAAGAUAAUCGCCGAUGCGUCUGUUAUUACGGAACAAAGGCGCUUUUCGGAAGAUUUUUAAAACUGACCCACCAGGCAAGUGCAAGAUGACGGCUGCAGGCGAAGAACUGUACAACAAGAUUGACACUUUUGUGUUUUUUGAUUUGGAAACAUCGGACCUUAUAAAGGGUCACAGAAUGCCAAGGAUCACAGAGUUGUCAAUGGUGGCAACUGAUAGGAAUUCACUGAAAAACGAUAUGAGAGACAAGCUAGCAUUGCCCAGGAUAAUGCACAAACUGACGAUUCCUAUCUGUCCCAAUGCACCUAUUCACCAGGAAGCUUCAUUUGCCAGCAAUCUGUGGAACGACAGUCUCGAACAUUUCAAACCAUUUGAUAAAGAUACAUACAAUAUGAUCAUGCUCUUUAUCAAUAGAUUACCUGGAGUGAUAUGCUUUGUAGCGCACAAUGGUAAUCGAUUUGACUAUCCAGUAUUUUUGUCAGAGAUUGACAAACUCCAAAUGACUUUUCCGGACAGAAUUUUGUGUGUAGACACAUUAAUAGCCUUCAAAGAAUUUUUUAGUGAUGCACAGCCAGCAAAUAUGCCACCUAUUCCAGUUGUUCCUAUAGGUGUUGAUGAAGUUGACGAAGAGGAGUUGGAGCAGCUUAGCAAGCAGGAUCCUAAUGCAUCACUAGAUGAUGAAUGGAAUGAUUCUUUAUGCUCAGUUGUAGAUGAAUUAGAGAAGGUUAGAACAAAGGACAGUGUUAGAACAAGUUUGAGUUGUGGAAACGGUAAGGAUGUUUUAGAUGCAAUAACAAAUAAAAAACAACAGGCAGAUGGAAAGUCUAGUGGAUCAACUACACCUAAAAGUAGUCCUAAAUCGAUGCAAGCUGUUAAUGAAAAGACACCAGAGAAUCAAAUUAUCAAAAAUUCGCGUAAAACUUUGAAUGGCGUUAGAAAACAGUUGAAUUUUGGUAAUGCUAAACCUAAAAAUUUCCAAUUGUCCACAGUUUACUCACACAUGAUAGGAUGUGAAGCUAAAAAUCUUCAUUCUGCUGAGGGUGAUUGUAUUAGUAUGCUGACAUGUGUGUGUCAAAUGGGUCCCCACUUUGCGCAGUGGGCAGAUUAUAAUGCAGUUUCACUUAAUCUCUUCAAGAAGUAACUUAAUGCACAGUGCGUGAUUACUAUAGAGUAGGAAGCAGCUAUCAGAUUUACUAUUAGGUAGUAAAAGAAAUUACAGUGAACUCCUAUUUUGCCAAUGAACUGCAUUUUUAUAACAAUUUUUAAAAAAUUUUGCUACUAUUGGCCUUUUUUUAAUUGACUUUUUGAAAGAUUUUUAAAAAUGAUUGGUAAGAUAGGAAACCUAGUACUUGAAACUUUUACUGUAUAAUAUAUUUUAAAAUAUAUUUUAUUCAGAAUACUAGUCUUACAUUUUAAAGUCUUGAAAUACACUUUUAUAGAAAAAUUAUUUAUAGAGAACUUUUAUAUUCGUCUGGAAAAAAAACUAUUAGAAUAGUAUAAAGGUACUAUUUUGUCUUCUUUUACCACGUCUCUAACAAUUCGAAUUUUAUUGCAGUUAAGUUCUUUUGCGUAUGGUUUAUUGUACAAAGUUGUCGGUUUCGAAUGUAAUUAUAAAAUUACAAAACCUUAAAACCACAUUGGCUAUCCGAGAAUACUAUGAAAAGUUUUUAUUGGUGCUGUGAUUCGUUCAUAAGUUGUGUUCUUUGCAAUUCGGCCUAGAGUAUGUUUCGUCAUCUAAGUAGAGAAGGCUUGUCUAAGGUAUAUUUAAUUAAUAUAGAUAGAGUUGCAGAAAAAAUUAUUUAUUUUCGUAAAUUACAAACAUAUAUCCUAGAUAAUAAUUCUACGCUUAUAUUGAUACAUUUACAGGACUAAUCAGAAGAAUAUUGUGCAAGCACAGUUUGACUGAUGUCGGUACUUUUGUAAUUCGAUCUGUAAGACGACUUAUUUAAUAUAGUUAACUGGAGAAUAAAAAUUUUAUAAUUUUUCUA